AUGGAUGGCAAGGGUGACGGUUACGGUUACGUACUAGACUAUUGCCAUCAUAAGCGUUUGCGAUAUCCUAACAGCGUUUUAGGGAUGGCUGAUGCAAUUAGCGAUGGUGAACUUCGACGCGAGGCUCAAGAAUUAUUGGAUGGCAAAGCGAAGACCCUGCUCGACAACAACCAACUCACAUUGCGUGUUAUGCGCAAGCUGCUUGAGGAGAAACUUGGUUUUCCCGAGGGAAGCCUUGACGCAAGGAAGAAGACGAUCUCAACCAUUGUCAAAGAGGCACUCAGCCUGGAGCCCGUGACGGCGGAGGUUGCCGCGGCCGCCACUGCCCCAGCCGCAGACAAAGGGGCAGCAGCCGCAGCUGCGAGAGAAGGCAGCGGCGGGGCACCUCGUGAGAAGGAAAACAGAAAACCAGCUGCAGGAGGAGGCGAACUGAAGGCCAAAGUCGCCAAAUUGGGUAGCGGCAAAGGGGGCAAGCAUGCCGAUGCGGAUGGUGGUGGUGGUGGCAAGGACAAUGGUAAAGCCAAGGCAGGCGCAGUGGAGAAGGCCGCUAAGGCUCGAGACAGCCUUAAGGGAACUAAGCGACCGGCAAAGCGGGACGAGGACGAGGAGGAGGACGGUGCGGGGGGUACUGGCGACAGAGGUAGCGAGGAGGUUGAGGAGGAAGAGGGCGGCGGCAGGCAGCGGCAGAAGAAGCGGGCCAAGAAGAGCCAUCAGCUCUCGUCAGGUCCUGCCACCGCCGUCGCGGAUGGGAGUGCUGCCGGGGGCCCUGCCAAGGGCAAGUCCGUCACCAGCCGUACCAUCGAGCUCAUGAAGGAAGUGUGCAAGAAGGCGACCAUCAAGAUUGCCCCCACCUUGUACACUCGUAACAAGACGGUUUCGGAGCUUGAGGAGGCUCUGUCGGAGCUUCUGGCACGACAUGGCCUCAACGCUCGCAGCGGCGAUAGGGAAAUUGGGCAAGUCCGGAAGCAGCUAGAGCGCAGUCGCGACCUGGAGGGCAUCGAUACCUCCAACAUCAUCUCGUUAGGAGGAGGUAGGCCGCGGCGAGCAGCAGCGGCUUCCAUCAACUUUAGGGAAAUGUUCAAACAGCCAAAGGUAGAUUCCGAGGACGACGACGACGACGAGGAGGAGGAGGAAAACUGCAAAGGGGCGAAGAAGGACAGACGCCAGUCCGCGGCCCAAGGGCGCUCCAAGGCUGGCGGAAAGGGCAAGAAGGCCAAGGCCAGCGAUGGUGAAGAUGAGGACGAGCGGGAUGAAGAUGAGGACAGCGACGAGAGCGGUGAUGGGGAAGCGGAUUCCGAGGCAGGCAGUGAUGGCAGCGAGGAGGACGAGGGGGGUCGUGGCGGCAGUGGGCAAGGGACGGCAAAGGCAGGUGGUGGUGGUGGUGCCGGGCGACGGCUGCGGCCUGCUGGGACAAAGGAUGGCAUCGAGGAUGGUGGGGCGUCGUCCUCUGGGUCGGAGUCCAAGGACUUGGUGGAAGUUGCCCAUGGUGGGUCGGAGAACGCCCGCAGACGUACUGCUGCUGGGCCGGGAGCGAGGACGGAGGCUCGACGUGCGGCUCCACGACAUGAUGAUGAGGAUGGCAGUCCUGGCAGCAGCGGAGACGAGGAUGGCGAGGGACGCGGAAAGCAGGGCACCUUGGAGGACGUAGAGGAAGAGGAGGGUGGUAAGCCAGCACCAGGAAAGAAGGCGGCGGCUGGCGCAGCAAAGGGCAGGUCCAAGGCGCGGCGCGUAGUUGUGGAGGAGGAAGAAGAAGAAGAGGAGAGCGCAGACAGUGAGGAGGACCAAGAGCUUGAGGAUGACGAUAGCGACUUCGAGGCGGAUGAUGAUGACGACGAAUGA